CGUACUGGCGAGGAUGACGACUGUCGCAACCUCCGAACAUCCCGGAGACAGUGAGAAGGAGGAGCGUGCUGCCCCUGGCGGCUACAUCACCUACAGCAACUUUGUGUUUUGCGGAUACAACUUAAAGAUCGCUCGAAUGGUGGAUGAUAUCAUGGGCGUGUCUGCUUAUGUCUGGGAGGCUGGGAUCGCUCUCUGUCGGUACCUUGAGAAGGAGGACAUCAAUUUCACAGGGAAGAAAGUGAUUGAGCUGGGAUCAGGCACGGGAACUGUUGGGAUUUUAGCCUCCCUUCUCGGUGGAGAGGUCACCAUGACCGAUAAGCCGAAAAUCCUGAGGCAAAUAGAAAACAAUAUCGGCAUCAACAUCCCCUUUGCCUGCAGGCACCGUGUAAAAGUCCAGACCCUGGUAUGGGGUGAAGACCACACCAGCUUUCCCUCGGAUUAUGACUACAUCCUGGGUUCAGAUAUUGUUUAUAGCUCAGUUUGCUACCCGGCACUUGUGGAGACAUUGCGCCAUCUCGCCAAUCAAGGAACCACAAUUUACCUCUCUACCGAAUUACGACCGAGGAAUCGCUCGCCUGCCUUUCACAAGGAGGUGUUACCGCAGCACUUUGAAUGCCAAGUGGUUGAAACGGUGGAGGACAAGGACAUUGUUGUAUAUAAAAUGACAAAAAUGUGUACAAGUCGUUAACAUGGGCUGCCAAACAAACAAUGUGUGGGAGUUGGUGAGCGAAUACGUGGGUUCUAAACAGCCUCCCACUCAUUAUCUCAGUGAAAGAUGACAGAACAAAUGCUUAGCAUCUAUUUGAAAAUGUAUAUUCAGUUUUGUCCCGAGGUUGGAAAGGUUUUUAAGAUAUUAAUCAAGCGCCUAUUUUCCCUACGCGAGCAUCCAGUGUUGCACGCCUAUUUACCGGUCUCUGAUUGCCUCCUUGCACACACCGGCUGCAUCAUACUCACGCACUGUAGUCAGGCAAUGUCUAACGGACUUGCUUGGGAUUUGCCACUAUUCGCCUAUUAGCAUCUAUUAAAUGGCAGCUUUUAUAUCUAACGAUCUGAUUUCGUCCAUUACUUUAAAGCAUUGCAAGGCAGUAUUAGCCGUAAAUCCGGACACUUCAAGAUAAACAACCCUCAGUUUAGUGUAUUCUUCAGUUUAGUUCAUUGUUCAUAGUGACCGAGGUUCAGUGGGCAGCAUUUGUUGAGUGCUAACCAGUCAGCGGAGAGACAAUACGUGAUUACAAUCGACCCAUUUGCAGUGUACAGAUAGAUACAUGAUAUGGGAAUAAAGUUUAGUGCAAGGCAAAGUAUUUCAAAUCCGAUCAAAGAUGUCAUCAUCCAUCUCCUAUUGCUCAGUUCGUUAACCAACUUUAUUUUUAUUGUGGAAUGAGGCCAUCGCUAGCAACCCCAGAAAAUAUGGUUUAUUUUUAAUUGCCCCUAAUGGAUGGCUUCCGGAGCCUGUUCAGAAAUUCCAAGGGCCUUUCGAGCGAGGCACAUUUUCAUAGGCAUUGAGUGCUCAUUUGGAAUGCUAGCUUCAUUUUAAACAAAUCUUUUUAUGUAUCUUUAAAAAUAUAUAUCGCUUGAAGAUAUCGCCAAAGCCGAAUGAAAAUGCUCCAUAAAAUGUAAUCUCAUCCCCUUUGCUUAAUGUUCCAAUUGUUUGCAUGGUAUUAUUAAGUAAAACGUUUACAUUUUAACUGACCUCAAACGCAAGGUAUAAAACGCACCGAGUACGUUCUGAUAUUUAUAUCGAAGCAUAACGUCGAGAUUCUAGAUUCUCUAAGCGAGUUUUCAAAAAGAUUGCAAUUAUCUUUCUUUCAUUGAGUACAAUUAUGAAAUCUAUCAGAUACAGUGUGUGCGCAGUUCUAAAAAAAACCAUCAGCUCGUUGGGAACCGGUGACUCGAUUGUUUAAGCAAUUAGUUCGAUAAUAUAAAGAUUUUGAGCGAUGCUUUUAAUGUUUUAAGCAGUGUUUAGGCUUGCAAACUUACUGCUCGCUUAAUUUUCGUUUCUUGGUGGAAUUAUAAGCAUGAGUAUUAUACUUAAGUAGUUGCUGAAAAAUGGAGCAAACUGUAAACUAAAUGCGGUACGCAAUUUUCUGUGCAUAGAGAUCAGUUUUAAUAAAACCAGUGACUU